AUGGCGUCCCGAAAUGGUCUCUUCGGUUUUGUGUCGCUACUCCUCCUCGCAGGCGGCCUCCUGUUCAUGUUCUUGAUCCUCCUCGCGGGCGCAAUUGAUCAUGGCCCUGUCAACAAGUUCUAUAUUCUACAGGCAGACACCAGAAACAUCCCUGGAGCUCCUCCCGUCUCCAGAUGGUCAUACUGGAAUGUAUGCGGCGUGCGAAACGGACGCACACACUGCGGCGACCAACACUACUCAGAUGUGCACCCGGCAUUCCCUCUUGACCCUGCGUCUCAUCGGACCUUUGACACCACGGUGAACGUACCUCGAAACUUUGUCGAUAAACAUGGCUACUACUUCUACAUGACCCGCUUCAUGUUUGCUUUCAUGCUCAUGGCUCUCUUCUUCGGCGUCUGCGCCCUGUUCACCGGCCUACUGGCCUUGUGCACUCGACUGGGCUCUUAUCUCAGUGGUCUCUUGACCAUGGUGGCCAUGAUUUUCCAGGCCAUCAAUGCCUCCCUCAUGACUGCCGCAUAUGUCAAAGGACGCAACAACUUUCGAAACAAUGGUCAAUCCUCCGAUAUUGGCGAUUACGCCUUCGGAUUCGAAUGGGCUGCUUUUGCUUGCUUCUUCAUCUGCACCAUUCUCUUCUGCAUGGGUGGAUCGGCACGCCGCGAGCCCAGAACCUCCACGCGACGUGGAUUUAAAUUCCGAGGCCGGAGGAGCAGGAGCACAAGGAGCCGAGGCAGCUUCGUUCACGACAAGGAGUACGGAUCAUAG